AAGCAGGCGAGUCUGGAAUUAACCCAGAAAAUGAAGCACAUAGCAAACUCCAUUGAAAUCUCAGAGAUGGAAGCUGAGAGGAACGAGAAGGAGGAAAUGGAGAACAAGGAAACAGUGGAAAGACUCUACAAGGCACUGUUAGGACAAGGACAAAUGGACACAGUGGCAAAGAUGCUAGCAAGUGACCUUGAGUGGUGGUUCCAUGGCCCCCCACAGUGCCAACACAUGAUGAGGAUUCUCACGGGGGAAACCGCCCUCAACAAUGGCUUCCGUUUCGAGCCCAGAAGCCUCACCGCCAUCGGCGACUGCGUCAUCGCCGAAGGCUGGGAAGGAAAGGCCUACUGGGUCCACGUUUGGACCCUCAAGAACGGCCUCAUCACACAGUUCAGAGAGUAUUUCAACACAUGGCUUGUUGUCAGAGACUUGAGGUCUCAAACAUGGCAGAAUAAGCUUCAAAACAUCACAUUGUGGCAAAGCCAACCCCGUGAUCUCUAUCGCCGAUCCUUGCCGGGACUUGUCUUAGCCAUUUAGCUAUAACAUAAACAAAUGCUACCAACAUAC